GACGCUUUACUGUUGAUGUUUUUGUGUUUUUUUGUUUAUGUUUCUCCAUCCUUAAUUGUUUAUUGUGCAAAGUGUUAUUUAAAAUGCCGAUGGAGUGGUUAUUUGGCCGAAAAAAGUCUCCGGAGGAGAUGCUUCGUGACAACCAAAGAGUUUUAAACAAAGCUGUUCGUGAUUUGGACCGUGAAAGAACCAAAAUGGAGGCCCAAGAAAAAAAAUUGAUUAUAGAUUUGAAAAAAAUGGCAAAAGAUAAUCAAAUGGAUGCCAUUAAAGUGAUGGCUAAAGACUUAGUGCGUACGAGAAGGUAUAUCAAGAAAUUCAUCCUGAUGAAAGCAAAUAUUCAAGCAGUUGCCCUUAAAAUUCAAACUCUCAGAAGUCAAAAUUCAAUGGCUGUAGCCAUGAAAGGAGUUACCAAAGCCCUGAUGUCUAUGAAUAGGCAAAUGAAUUUGCCUCAAAUUCAAAAGAUAAUGGCUGAAUUUGAAAAACAGACAGAAAUAAUGGACAUGAAAGAAGAAAUUAUGAAUGAAGUUAUGGACGACGCCUUGGAAGAAGACGAUUACGAGGAGGAGAGCAAUACUAUUGUUGCUCAGGUGUUAGAUGAACUUGGUAUCCAGGUAAAUGAAAAAUUAAGUGAAAUUCCAACUGUUGGUGGCUCAUUACCUGCUGGAACAUCUCAAUCGAGUAAAACACCAACAGCGGCUGCUGCCUCUGCGGAUGAUGCUGAUGCUGAUCUGAUUGCUAGACUCGAAAAUUUGAGAAGGCAAUAAAUAGGUGUGACUUACAACUUCUGUAAUUUUUUUUAUAAUAUAUCUCGAAAGAUUUUAUCCGUAUUGUAUUAAUUUCUGGUGAAUUAAAGUCAGGAAUCAGAUAAAUAAAAGAGUAUAUUUAAU